AUGCGUGAGUGUAUCUCAGUCCAUGUGGGUCAGGCUGGAGUGCAGAUCGGAAAUGCCUGCUGGGAGCUGUACUGUCUGGAGCAUGGGAUCCAGCCUGAUGGACAGAUGCCCAGUGACAAGACUCCAGGAAGAGGAGAUGAUUCCUUCAACACAUUCUUCAGCGAGACUGGAGCUGGGAAGCAUGUGCCCCGAGCUGUGUUUGUGGACCUAGAACCAGCCGUCAUUCAUGAGGUGCGCACUGGAACAUACAGGCAGCUGUUCCACCCUGAGCAGCUGAUCACUGGGAAGGAGGAUGCUGCAAACAACUACGCUCGUGGUCACUACACCAUCGGCAAAGAGAUCAUUGACCUGGUGCUGGACAGGAUCCGCAAACUGGCCGACCAGUGCACAGGGUUGCAGGGCUUCCUGGUGUUCCACAGCUUUGGAGGAGGAACUGGCUCUGGUUUCACCUCACUGCUGAUGGAGCGUCUUUCCGUGGACUAUGGUAAGAAGUCCAAGCUGGAGUUCUCCAUCUACCCUGCUCCUCAGGUGUCCACUGCUGUUGUGGAGCCGUACAACUCCAUCCUGACCACCCACACCACCCUGGAGCACUCCGACUGCGCCUUCAUGGUCGACAACGAGGCCAUCUACGACAUCUGCCGCAGAAACCUAGACAUUGAGCGUCCCACUUACACCAACCUGAACAGGCUGAUCAGUCAGAUCGUGUCGUCCAUCACCGCCUCUCUGCGCUUUGAUGGAGCUCUCAACGUGGAUCUGACAGAGUUCCAGACCAACUUGGUGGGAAUCAACUACCAGCCCCCCACCGUGGUCCCUGGAGGAGACCUGGCCAAGGUGCAGAGGGCCGUGUGCAUGUUGAGCAACACCACUGCCAUCGCAGAGGCCUGGGCUCGACUGGAUCACAAGUUUGACCUGAUGUACGCCAAGAGGGCCUUUGUGCACUGGUACGUGGGAGAGGGCAUGGAGGAGGGGGAGUUCUCGGAGGCCAGAGAGGACGUGGCUGCUCUGGAGAAGGAUUAUGAAGAGGUGGGGGCAGACUCGGUGGGAGAUGAGGACGAGGAAGGGGAAGAAUACUAA